AUGUCUGAACGGUCAACUCCGGUGGGGCCACCGGAUCCGCCUUUUGGUCCAGUCCUGGAACAAAUAAUAAUGGCUGACAGGGAAGAGGAAAAUAAACAGGUGCAGUCGAGUGUGGGAAACAUCCAUACAAGUGGCAAAGGAAAGGGGCAUAGUGAUGCACUUAAUAUGAUCACGGCGAUGCGAGUAGACGCUCAAGGGGGGAAUAAAGGAGGUGAAGUGUCAUACAAAAAUAUUGUUACAGGAGAGGAGGAUAAUGAUAAUAUGAGUGAAGAAGUUGGAGAGGAAAACUCGGAUCAAGAAGAAGGUGAUGCGUUCGAUUACGACUUAGAGGGUAUGAAGGUGAAUGAAGUUAAUAUCGGUGGGUAUGAAUGUCCAGAGUUUGUUCUGUCGAAAUAUGAAGAGAAACGCAUACAUAGACCGUGGAGGAGAGGAGUUAUUGUGAAACUGCUAGGGCGAAAAAUUGGUUAUAAAGCCUUGGAAACAAGGCUGAAACAAAUGUGGGUGCGGAAGGGAAUCAUCAACAUUAUAGAUCUGGGAAAUGAUUACUAUCUGGUAGCAUUUACACAUGAGGAUGAUAAACAUGCCGCUUUAGCCGAUGGACCAUGGUUUAUUUAUGAUCAUUAUUUGACAGUGAAAGAAUGGACACCAGACUUCCAGCCAGAUAGUGAUACAAUAGUGAAUGUAGCAGUCUGGAUCAGAAUUGCUGGACUUCCUAUUGAGUACUAUGAUCCUAAGUUCCUUCACUUCAUUGGCGAUAGGAUGGGAAGGACAAUCAAGGUGGAUAAGAAUACUCUUCAACAGGAGCGUGGUAAGUGUGCUAGAAUAUGUGUGGAGGUGAAUAUAACCAAGACUCUCUUGGCUAUGUUUACGAUCAAAGGAAAGCGAUACAAGAUUGAAUAUGAAGGGUUGCAUCUCUUAUGUCUAAAGUGUGGGAAAUUUGGACAUUAUAAGGAAGGCUGCCAAAUUAUUGCAAAAGGAAAAGAAGUGAAUGUUUAUGCUGAAAACAUGAAGACGAGUACAGGAGGAGUUGAUGGCAACACAAUUCUAACUGCAGGACAGAAGAGCGUGGAUGGAGGUGAUGAGCCUUGGCAAAUCGUCCAAAAGCAGCGCAGAGGAAAGAAGAUGUCGGAAAACCGAAGGAACAAUACUCCAGGAGGCUUUAAUGAGAGAAAUGCUAAGACGGGAACAUGA